AGAGAAGACGGAAACUUCAGCCAAAAAUGGAGCACAAUCAAGCAGUAGAUGGGCUUCUGACGCUGUUUUCGAAAGCAAAUCGUGAUUUAUCUCUGGUUCAUAACAAGCUCUACAAAGAAUUUCAACAAGUCUAUCCCGAAAAUGCAAAUCCGAUGAAACUGGUUGCAAGGUUGAAAAAGAUAGAGGAGGAAAUGUCGUCGUUGAAGGACCAAUGUCGCGAACUUCUUGCCGCAAAGCAGGAUCUGAUCGACAAAGCCAGAACACUCUUAGUUGGGAACAGGACCAUGCUGCAGAGGCUGCAAGCAUCCGCUGGUGCUCUCAUCACUAGUGAUGAUGAUGAUCAUGCUUAUCAGAGCUUUAAUCAGGUUAUUGACGAGUGGACAGCUCAAGUCAAAUCAAGAACAGAGGAGGACGACGCAGAACCAGGCUCCAACGACAUCAACAAGUUGCUAUUCUCAGCAAUUGUUCAAAGCAACUAACUGCUGAAUCUGAAAGAUCACCAAACAAUCAUCAUUUCCUCAGAAACUCUAUAUAGUUAUGAAUUUUAUAAGGGUAUGGUUUUCUGAAUUCCAACAGACCAUUACAAUUAGAUACCUACUAAAUGAAUGAACCAUCAAAAACAAUUAUUGAGUUACAUGACCUGGGGGACAUCCUUUUAUGUUUUUGGCGCGUGUUGUAGCCAUUACAGAUUGAAUACAAACACAGCCAUUCUACUU